CGAAAAAUGAACUUGAAACUGUUGCUUGCGGUAGUAGUUUUCCCCGUCUUCUUCUACGAAUCCACUGCAUUUGGUUGGGCUCUACUUAGAGGCUUAAGAGACAUUUUUUGUGGCCCAAUGGCGACAACAACAACGACAACAACUCCACCGCAAAUCUUCAAUUUGACGCAAAACGCCACGGGCGCCUUGGGAUUUAUUGUGCGUGCUUUGUCCGAUGCAAGCAGCGGAUCUCCAGUGAUAUAUGCACCCAUUUUCAACUGGGCGCAAGUGCCGGCGAACGAGACGAGUUCUUGAUAAGGCUAUAUAUUUUUGCAUUUUUGAAAGUAAUUUUUUUAAUGAAGUGUUAAUUGCCUAAUUGAGCCAUAAUUGUACACUUUCCUAUUUUACAAACAUUUUCAUUAUUUGUGCGGAUAAUUAAGGUCAUGAGUUGAGGCUUG